AUGCCACCCAAAUAUAGCAUCCAUUCAUCCUCCGAUUCCGAAGAGCAACCGUCCGUCCCGUCGGACGAUGCGCUGGAGAAGGCAUUGCGCGAAGCCGUGGCCACGGUCUUCAAGGCCGGGAACCUGGAGGAAUUGACCGUGAAACGAGUGCGACUCGCGGUGGAAAAGAAACUCGGUCUGGAAGAAGGCUUUUUCAAGAGCACGAACGAGUGGAAGGCGCGAAGUGAUCACAUCAUUAAGGACGAGGUGAACGUACAAGAUAAUCCGGCCAAGUCGCAAGAAGCUGCGCCGAUUGUCAAAUCCCCGUCGCCGCCGCUAAAGCCGGAGACGAAGGCCCCGAAACGAACCAAAUCCGCCAGCGCACCCAAGCCGAGAAAGCGCCAAAAGACUGAGACGCCCGUGUCUGAUGAAGAGGAGGCUGCUCUGCCCAGUGAGGAAGAUGACUUUGAGGAGAGCGAGGAAGAAGUCAAGAAGCCCAAAAAGAGGGCUCCCGUGAAAAAGGCUUCCAAAAAACAAACCACGGCCACUGAGGAAAGUGACUUUGAGGAGAGCGAGGAAGAAGUCAAAAAGCCCAAGAGGAAAUCUUCCGUGAAAAACACUCCCAAGAAACAAGCCCCCAAGAAGGAUGUGCCGGAAGAUUCAGACGUUGAGGUAUAUCCCGAUACUGCAAAGCCAGCCGCAGACGAGGGCGCCAAGGAUGACUCUGAAAGCGAGAUGUCUGUGGUCCUAGACGAAGAGCCCAAGCCUCCGCGGAAACGAAAGAAGAGCACCGAGGCCACAGCAAAAAGUUCGAAAAAGGAAGGGAAAAAGGCUGCACCCAAAGCAAAGGACGAAGAUCUCGAUCCCGAUCAGGCCGAGAUCAAGCGACUACAGGGGUGGCUCGUCAAGUGCGGGAUUCGCAAGAUGUGGUGGAGAGAACUAGCCCCGUACGAGACUCCCAAGGCAAAAAUCAGGCAUCUCAAGGACAUGCUGGAGGACGCUGGCAUGAAGGGCCGGUAUUCCUUGGAAAAGGCGAGUCAGAUCCGGGAGGAGCGGGAACUGAAGGCGGAUUUGGAGGAGGUCCAGCAGGGCGCGAAACAAUGGGGGAUGGGUUCGGGCGAGGAAAGCGAUGCAAAGCCUCGACGCAGGCAGGCUCCUCGUAGCCAUCAGGCGCUUGCGUUUCUGGAUGACGAGAGCGAAGAAUCGGAUUGA